AUGGGAGGCGAUAUCGGCGUCCCACUUCUAAAUGGCGACUACUCGGAGUUUGGAGACAUCGACGAUGACGUCGACUAUGUGAAUCCGGACGGCACCACUGAAAGGCCUACAGAUCGAACUCGUAGGGAAGACAGGAAGACGCUGAGUGUGAGAUUGAGGCGAAAGCGUGACACGGUGGUGGUGAUGACAAGAGAUGAAGCAACGAACUCCACUACUAUUCGCGAAUUCAACUUCCAAGCGUAA